CGCGGCCGAGCGGGUAGGGGCGGUCGACUCGGCCCGGGGGUCCCGUGCGCCGGUUCCUGGGAGGGCUGCCGCUGCCGAACCGGCCAUGGACGAUACCCUGUUCCAGUUGAAGUUCACAGCCAAGCAGCUGGAGAAGCUGGCCAAGAAGGCGGAGAAGGACUCCAAGGCGGAGCAGGCCAAAGUCAAGAAGGCUCUUCAGCAGAAGAACGUGGAGUGUGCCCGGGUGUACGCCGAGAACGCCAUCCGGAAGAAGAACGAGGGCGUGAACUGGCUCCGCAUGGCGUCCCGCGUGGACGCGGUGGCCUCCAAGGUGCAGACGGCCGUGACCAUGAAGGGGGUGACCAAGAACAUGGCACAGGUGACGAAAGCCCUGGACAGGGCGCUGAGCACCAUGGACCUGCAGAAGGUCUCUGCGGUGAUGGACAGGUUUGAGCAGCAGGUGCAGAACCUCGACGUGCACACCUCGGUGAUGGAGGACUCCAUGAGCUCGGCCACCACGCUGACCACGCCGCAGGAGCAGGUGGACAGCCUCAUCAUGCAGAUUGCCGAGGAGAACGGCCUGGAGGUCCUGGACCAGCUCAGCCAGCUGCCUGAGGGCGCAUCUGCUGUGGGCGAGAGCUCCGUGCGCAGCCAGGAGGACCAGCUGUCUCGGAGGUUGGCCGCCUUGAGAAACUAGCCGAGUCCUGCAGGGCCCUGCGUCCCUGGCCCUGACGUGCGGGAAGGGCCGGGGAGGAGGGCUCCAUCUCUCUCCCCACGCCGCUUGCCUUUCUGCACACCCUGCAGUGUGGCCCUUCCCUCCAGGCCUGGGAAUUGUCCCUCUUAGCGUAGACGGUGGCUGUGUCCCGGUGGGUGAGUUUGCACAAACUUCUGACUUCCGUGGGUUAUUUCUGUAACUCUGGGCUGACCGGCUCGGGGUUCUGCUGGCUCCCCUCCAUCCCCCAACCUGGUGAUAGGGACUAACCAGUGGAUGCCAUGGGGGCUGUGGGGGCCUUCAGACUCUGUGUGACAGCAGAUGUGCUGCUAGCGGUCAGCCGACAGGGGUCAGCGCUGCUUCCUGUUGCCGGGCCCCUGGAGGCCAGCUGGCCGGGCCCACUCGGGAUCCCUGGCAUCAGGCGCCAUGCUCCAAGUCCAGGCAUGCCUUUCCAGGGGUCCCCACCCUCUGGAAAGCCUGGGGCCCCAAGGGGUGUGCUCUGUGUCCUAUAGGAACUCAGGUCUGCACUGAGGUCCUUCCCAGUAAGGAGCUGGCGGUCUCCCACUCCCACUUGGGGUGCUGCGUCUGUGUCGCUCUCUUCUGUACUGUAAAUAACGGGUGCCUCCCCCCAACUGGUCUCUCCCCCGUCUUUGGGCUCACACCAUUCAACCUGGAAGCCGGAGGGGCCGGCUGGAGUGCGCACACCGGAGAGAUGCCCCCGGCAGGCCAGCUUUGGGAGGCCCCGAGGCAGCUCCUCCCGAUGACUUUCUGGGACAGGCAGCACUUUCCAUGUUAAGUUCCUGAGGUUUUCUUUGUUUUCUUGAAGCUUCCAGGGUUUUUUGUUUUGCCAAAAUAGAAGGAGCAGACAACAGAUGGGGAGCACUGGGUCCAAGCCCGGUUCUUGGUAUGAACUGGUGAGAACUCCAUGGUUGGUCCUCAAGGGGCCUGGCUCUGUGCAUGGCCACCGCCCAGCCAGCCCUUCCCGGAGGUCCCAGCUGUCCUCAGCUGGUUCUCGUAAACAGAAACUUUGGAGACUUUUACCAUGACUCACUGCGUGUGAUUCUCCUGGACCUGCUUGUUCCUGGGUGUUCUGUGUGGUCUGUUAUGUUGGGACAGCCUUGAUGCUUGAGACGGUGGCGUGAGACCCCAGAGGCCAGGUCGGCGUACUGUCUGGUUUUUCUUCCGCAAUGCUGGCCUCGCCUUAUUCCCCGGCCGUGGUCUCUCAGGGCACCCAUGUUCUGGGGGCUCAGAGAAGAUGCUCGCUGUCCAGGGGCCCAGUGAGGGCGGAGCUCCACGGCUGUGGUUCACCAGGGAACACUGGGUGCACUCGCCUGUUUCCUAAAAUGCUGUUGUGAGUAAAGAGAUUGACCCCUGAGUUUUUCUCCGGCUUUCUUCAGUGGCCUUGGGUAGGGUGGGGAGCCAUAGGUAGGCCCCCGAUAGGGCUCUCCAGCCCUCAAGUAGGAGGCUGAGGAGGGUACCUGGAGGAGGGCGGGUGGGGCGGGCGGGCCGAGGGUUGCAUGCUCUGGGCUCCACCCCUACAGAUGGAGUUAGAGUCUGAACUUGCAAAUUUUCUUAACUUUUUACCUUGAAAUAAUUUUAAGCGUACGCAAAAUUGCAAAUUGCAUGGUUUCUGUCUACUUCUGUCUGUCAGCGCCCCCCACUUUCUAGUUCACCUCUGUGACCGGCUGGGUCACCUUGCAAUGCUUCCAUUCUUCCAAGCUGGGGCAGGCCCGUUUGUCUUUGUGACCUAGAAGGUCCCUUUUUGGUUUUUUUUAAGAGGUAGAGUGAGCGCAUGAGAGCGAGGGAGGUGCGUGGGCAGGAGGAGGCGGGGAACCCCAGUCAGGCUCCGCAUCCGGCACCGAGCCCGGCAGGGGCUCAGCCUCGUGAUCCCGAGAGAGUGACCUGAGCUGAAGUCAAGCAUCGGACACCUCCAGCCGAGCCCCCGAGACGCCUGAGCGGGAGGCACCCUGACCUAGAGAGCCUGGACACGCGCUGGCCAGUUACUUUAUAGACUGCCUUUCCACUCGGGCUGCCGGGACUUUUUCACAUGAGGACAUUGAGGUCCCAGCUGUUGGCAAGAGUCCCACACAAGUGGCCUCGUCUCCUCCUCGCUUCCCACCCGGUGCUCCGUGCUGCUGUCUUGUUCACUUGGGAUGGAGUGUGGGCCAGGCAUCUCCCCCGUGACGUGACGUUCUGUUUUCCCCUCUGUUGAGCAUCUUGUGGGGAGAAGUUUCAGGAUUGCAGCAUCAGCUGGAAACAUUGUCAUACUUUGCCCCGAUACUCCUUUCCCUUGAUGAGUCUUCCUGGUAACAACGUUCGUGGUGAUUUCCUGUUUGCAGUUCUGUUUCAAAAAAGCGAUCUCUCUGUUUC